GGCUAUUUAAACUACAGUUUGCUUACAGACGGUUUUCGGUCUGCGCAAACUUUAAAUCGUAGCCUAUGCAUGAAUGUCAGAAAUAGUAGAAAAUAAACAUCGUCUACAACUACAUGGCCCAGUCUGCAACUGAUGUCUACGUCACUGCCUAACUCCUCCCCAGACAGCUGGUGAAGUGAAGCGGAUUGCUAGAUCUACGCGUUAUAUUCUCAGUAGUUAGAUAUUAUCGUUAUCUAUUACGCAGCAGAGUGUUUAAAUGGCGAAAACACACGAUUGUCUGUUCAAGCUCUGGCUAUUUGGAGAUAGUGGAGUAGGCAAGACAUGUCUUCUAUUGAGAUUCAGCGAAGACACUUUCAAUACCACCAUCAUAUCAACAAUAGGUAUAGACUUCAAAAUCAGAACAAUAGAGUUAAACGGAAAGAGAGUCUAGCUACAAAUAUGGGAUACUGCAGGACAGGAGAGGUUUCAAACUAUAACCACAGCAUACUAUAGGGGAGCUAUGGUCAUAAUGUUGGUCUAUGACAUCACCAACGAGAAGUCCUUUGAAAAUAUAAAGAACUGGAUCGUAAUAUUGAAGAGGAUUCCGCCCUCUCCAUCCACCCCUCAAGCCUCCAGCACACCAAAGAGAAGACGGGCGGCGCAAGACCAGAGUGUCAUUGAGGCAAUGGCAAGGGUCGAGGAGCGCAGGGCCCAAAUGUAAAGGGACUUUGCGCCUGUGGAACCUUCACCACCACCACCACCGUGUGAAAACACUUAUUUUGGCAAUAGUGUAGGUGUCUUGGCAAAGACACUGCACAAAGACACGGCAAGCGAGAUAAAACUUAAUUACAGAUUUACACCCUGCUGUAUCACAACCAGGCUAACCAUCCGCGCAUUGUAAAUACGUACCACCAUCUAUAAAUAGUUUUUAUAUUACAUUACUUAUAUAUAUAUACAGUGUCAACAUUUCUUAUUUUGCACCUUGUUUUUAUUACCUUUU